GGACGGACAGGUUGUGCUUGCGAAACGACGGAACAGGACCAUUUUGGUACGUCGCGGAAGAAUGCGUAGCCAUUGUUGGUGCUGCGAUCGUUAGUUUCUAGAUCUGAAAUCGUCAUGGGCGCGGAAAGGCAUUCGACUGCGCUAAGUUCCAGGAAAAUAUCGUGGCUCAACGCGGGCUAUUGAUACGGAUAUCGAAUCGCGCAAAGAGACGGACACGUGUACGGAUAAGUCUGGGACUAGUUAGUCGGACCGCGUCUCUGCGUUCUCGUCGCGUAUGCGAACCGAGCGCUCGUGCUCGCACGAGUGAGAGUGAGUGAGUGAUAUACGGUAGGGCUACUAUUCGCGCGGCGGCCAUAACACCGACCCGACCAACCAAACGAGCGAGGGAGAAAGCGUAGUGCGAGUGUCCGAGGCGUAGUGGUAGUGUUUUUCGAUUGAAUUCCCGUGGAAAAGUGGACUUCCGUUGAUCAGAUGUUGCUAAUGUCGCGAGUCUUGCCUGGAGGUACGGAGUCUCACAGCAGUAUACAGGGCUGACAUUCAAAGUACUACCAUUUGGUAGGCUUGAGUAGUGUUAUGCCUCCUCGGCACCACUCUUCCUGGUUGCAGCAUAAUCAUCUUGGCGAGCAAUUAAUGAGCUGCCAUGCUCAAUUCAGAAUAUAUACUUGCCAUCUCAAUUGUUGAUGAAGCCUCAUAGCGUCAAGCAUCAACGUAAGGCAGUUACCUGCUGCGUAGCAUUUAUGUAUCAUAUAUGUCGGAAAGAAACGAAGUCAAGAUGCAGCAGGUGGACACCAUCUCGCAGAACAAUUCUUUAGAUGUGGAGGAGCGAGAAAGGCUGUGUAAUAUACCGAAGACGAGCACACCUGGCAAGGCUUCUACGACACCAGCGAGUCCUGCAAAGGAACCGCCUCCACGCGAUGAACCACCCUUGGAACCGGUGAAUGGCAUAGUUCAACCACCAGUCGUUCCGCCACCGAAUCGUCCAGGACGUGUCACGAAUCAAUUACAAUUUUUGCAAAAAGGUGUCUUAAAACCAGUAUGGAAGCAUCAAUUUGCCUGGCCCUUCCAGCAACCUGUUGAUGCAAAGAAACUCAAUUUACCAGAUUAUCACAAAAUCAUAAAAAAACCAAUGGACUUGGGAACAAUCAAAAAGAGGUUGGAGAAUACGUAUUAUUGGAGUGGAAAAGAAUGUAUUCAGGAUUUCAAUACUAUGUUUACCAACUGCUAUGUCUACAACAAGCCAGGAGAGGAUGUUGUGGUCAUGGCACAAGCUCUGGAGAAAUUAUUUCUUACAAAGGUUGCACAAAUGCCUAAGGAAGAGGUAGAAUUAGAUCCACCUGUUCCAAAAGGACCCAAAGGCAAGAAAGCUGGAAGAGUAGGUGGAGCAACGGUAGGGGCAGUAGCGGGAGGAGGUACAGGCGGAGCAGGUAGAGGGCGACCUGCUUCUGGUGCAGCCGCUGUUACUUCUAGCGUACCGAAUAGUUUAACACCUUCUGCGACGUCAGCUGGAACAACCGGCGUUAUACCCAUGCCGCCACUUGGUACCCAAGCACCAGCUUCAGUGCCUGGAAGCACAAAUACAACCACCAUCACUCCACCGGCAAGCAUGGGCGUCACGCCGAUGGCCACUCAUAAUUCUUUGCCUCAGCAAGUUGUCCCUCCAACAACGGGAUACCAUGCGCAGCCAGCGAUGGAUCCACAAGCAGCUUCUGCUGUACCUCCACCUCCACAAGUCCCUGCAACACCUACUGUAAUGCCUCCAUCGCAACCUGCCAAACUCAAAAAGGGCGUGAAAAGAAAAGCUGAUACAACAACUCCCACUGCAAAUGCGUUUGAUCCAAUGUACGCACCUAUGGAUUCUAAAAAUGCCAAAAUACCUACAAGAAGGGAAUCUGGCAGACAAAUUAAGAAGCCAACGAGGCAAGCGGAAGACGGCUUAAUGACAUAUGCCCAGACCAAUAUGCCCUUGAUGGGGGCAAUGGCCCAACAGCCUCAGCAUGCUGGUGUUAAGGGAAAAGAAAAAUUGUCUGAUGCACUAAAAUCAUGUAAUGACAUCUUAAAGGAACUCUUCGCCAAAAAACAUUCGCCCUAUGCUUGGCCCUUCUACAAACCUGUUGAUGCAGAACUUCUUGGCCUUCAUGACUAUCAUGAAAUAAUCAAGAAACCCAUGGAUCUCGGAACUGUAAAGACAAAAAUGGAUAAUCGCCAAUACAAAACUGCACAUGAAUUUGCGAGUGAUGUACGACUCAUAUUUACCAAUUGUUAUAAGUACAAUCCUCCCGAUCAUGAUGUCGUUUCUAUGGCUAGAAAACUUCAAGACAUAUUCGAGAUGAGGUAUGCAAAAGUCCCGGAUGAGCCAAUGGGCAGUAGCAUGGUGGCUAUGAAAGGUAGUAGCAGUGGUAGUGCCAGCAGUUCUGGAGGAGAGAGUUCUUCUGAUAGUGAUGAUUCAGUUGCAGAACGCACCCAAAAGUUACUCGUUUUGCAGCAAGAGCUAAAAGCUAUGCAAGAGCAAAUGAGAAAAUUAGUGGAGGAGAGUAGUAAGAAGAAAAAUAAAAAGAAGAAACCGGAUAAACCAAAAUCAAAGCCAAUGAGCAAUAAGAAUAGUAGCCUUGUUGCCAGUCAUACUGGUGCCAUGAAAGAACUUAUGAAACCAAGUGGUAUUCCCAAUGUUUCCGACAGCGUUGGUGCUAGUAUAGCCAGUGUUGCGAUGGGUGCGGGCGAUUUGAAAAUGCCUAGUGGCAUGGGUAGUGAUCUCCAUCAUCAAGCUACAGCUGUAGGACCUAAUAAGACCCAUGCUGCAGGAAACUUAGGACAUCAUCUGCAAACAGCAGCAAAUGCUAAACCAAAAGGAAAAGGUCGAGGACCUGGAAAAGCUGCUACUACGGCGAAUACUGCAACUAAAAGGCCGAAAGCUAACAGCAGAUCGGCUGGAAACAAAAAGAAAAAUACCGGAAGUCAACCACCCCCAAUAACGUUUGAUUCGGAAGAUGAAGAUAACGCUAAACCCAUGUCUUAUGAUGAGAAGAGACAGCUCAGCUUGGAUAUUAAUAAAUUACCAGGUGAUAAAUUAGGUCGCGUUGUACACAUAAUACAAUCUCGAGAGCCCUCAUUAAGGGAUUCAAACCCAGAUGAAAUCGAGAUUGAUUUUGAAACACUGAAACCCUCAACGCUUAGAGAACUGGAGAGCUAUGUUGCCUCAUGUCUCAGAAAAAAGCCACAUAAAAAAGUCAGUGGUAAAUCUAAGGACGAACAAAUAGCAGAAAAGAAGCAAGAACUGGAGAAAAGAUUACAAGAUGUGACGGGGCAGUUAGGCAAUGUGAAGAAGGCUGCCAAAAAAACAGAAGAUAGUAAUAAGUCUGUUGAUGUGGUUGGAACUGGUGGAGCUAGCGGUCCCUCGCGAUUGUCAGCAUCGAGCAGUAGUAGCAGCGAUAGUGACUCCAGCAGUAGUUCGCUUUCUUCAAGCUCCAGUGAUUCAAGCGACAGUGAAGCAGGAAACUCAUCGAAUCGUCCACAUAGAAAGAAAGCAAAGAAGAAUCCAUCAAGUACAGGUCCUUCUGCAACGACUACUACUGUAACAUCGGCACCUACAUUAAAUCAUACUGGGGCUCUUUUAAUGAACAAUCAACCACCGGCAAAUUCCGCGGGACCAAUAACCAAGCCAUCUGUCACUCAAUCGAGCAAUAUUUCUUCAGAGCAAGGAGGCAAUAAUAAUCAGCAACCUGUCGCGGUGGCUGCCGUCACAGCUGGACAAGGCAUACCUGUUGCUACACAUACGUCUAUGCCAGCGCAACCAUCGCGACCUACAGCUAUGGCUACAGCUGCUCCUGUAAAAAAGCCAACACCACCACCACCAACAACAUCUAAUCCGCCGACUCCAUCGGUCUCUGUACCAACCCCACCGCCCAGCGUUACUCCUACGAAUACAAAUUCUAUGACAGUCUCGCCAGCUGUAUCUCAACAACCACCAACAUCCAUUAGUUCCUUUCCAAAUGCAAAUACACCCGUACCCACCGAUGGAACCAAUUUAAACCAACAAUCUGAUCUUUUACAACCGUAUAAUACUCUAGCUUCAGUGCCCACCACACAACCUUCUUUGGAUCAAUCACAUGCGAUCAAGAAAGAGCCUUCUUUUAUUCAAACGCAACAACCCUCCUUGGAACAAACGCUCGCGAUCAAGAAGGAAUCGUCAUUCAUCCAAACGUCUCACACGACCAAUAAUACCAAUAAUAAUACAAAUUUGAAUUUACUGUCGGAUGUAAAACCCGUGAAUAUGAUACCGUCGAGUAUGGCUUCUAAUCUAAAUUUGGGCAAUAUCAAUAUGGCAAACUUGAAUAUGAAUUUGCCGCAAGGACUGGCGGCACAUAUGUCUAUGCAUAAUCAAUUGGAGAGCAUGAUUAAUACGACUGCAUCGUUGACUAACAUGCAAAAUUCCCAUAACGUUACAAUGUCGCAGCAGCAUUCCAACGGCUUUCCAAACACAAAACGCGGAAAUUCGCCACCUAGUAUGCUGAAUAAUAACGACAUUCCGGGAUUGAAUAUUGGAAUGAAUAUGGGAAGUAUGGGAUCGAUAUUUGAUCCUCUUCCUAUUGUAUCUAUGCCGAUGCAGAUUUCCCAAAUUCCCAUAAAGAAGGACGAGAAACCUUUGUCAAUUUCUCAAUCUCAACUGACGCAGAAGCCUAUGGAUGCAGGAGCUUUUUUUGCAGAAAUGAACACUCUAGGAAUGCCACCAAUGGGUAAUCAUGCCAGUUCGCAAUUGAUCCCGGAAAAAAAAAUGACUCCGCCUGACUCGAAGAAUCCUGCUGCGAAUUUUGCAUCAGCCUUUAAAAAUAAGACUGUAGAACAAAAUGUAAAAAACGCAUCAUCCUGGUCUUCCCUGGCACAAGCAUCAAGUCCCCAAUCGACAGCUGCAGGGAGUAGUAUGAAAAGUGCAGCACGAGACUCUUUCCAAGCGUUUAAGAAGCAAGCUAAAGAAAAACAGGAUAGGCAAAGAGCGCUGCUGGAGCAGCAAGAAAUGCGCAGACAACAGCAGAAGGAACAAGCGGAACGAGAGAGAUUACGGCAGGAAAACGAAAGAAGAAGGGAACGAGAGGAAGAAGACGCUAUGGACAAAGUUAGGAAAAGUGUCGCAGAUCAACAAAGCAACGUUAUGACUGUCACGACAAGAACGGAAGAAGUAAAAGCCAUUGCUGAUACUGAUAGCAGUAGUCCGAGUCAUUCUUCCAGUCAAGACAAGUCUGCUGCAGAAAGAGAGCGUCAAAGGCUACGGGAGCAAGAACGUCGGCGGCGAGAAGCGAUGGCUGGCCAGAUUGACAUGAACAUGCAAAGUGAUUUGAUGGCUGCGUUUGAGGAAUCUUUAUAAUGUUACUAUAUGCUGUUUAUAGUAAACUCAUUGAAACCUGACAGGACUUGGACGUAUAUUUGGUUCUGAACAAUACUGUUGAAAUUUUUUAAUAUGACGCCAAUUAAUUAAAAAAAAACUAAGAAUAACUAGUUACAAAGUCAGAUAAAUGAUAUGACGAUGUAGUUCGUGUGCUAGUUAUAAAAUGGUGCAGUUGGGACAUUCCAACUAAAAAUCAUGAAUUGGUGGUUGUCGUCCGAGAACUUGAGCAGAAACAGAGAGAGUUUAUUAAAAUGAUGAUUUGAGACAAAUUGCGUUGUCAGUACGUCGACGGACACUUAAGUGUGACCAUAUAAUUAGAUAAAUACUUAUAUGAUACUUCGAAAAUGUUACACUGACUAUUGUGUUACAUUUCUCCGGUUUUCAUAAGUUUGUACUUUAUGUAAAUUUGAAAACAAAGUAAAAUAUUAUGCAAAUAAGUGAGAAGAUUGCGUGUGAUAAUGGAAUGUGUGGGAUUAGAUGUGAAUGUAUAUGUAUGGGGAGGAAAAAGUCGUGUACAUUUAGUUAAGUUUUAUAUUUUUCCACAUUGAGUCAUUAAUCGUUGGUAGGAUUAUGUAGUGCAGUGUUUCUGCCAAUAAUAUCAUUAUCAGCUAUUAUUAAUGAUUUUUUGCAAAUUUCUUUCUUGAUUAUUGAUAUACACUAUUUGUAAUUAUGAAAAUAACUAGGCUUAUUAAGUGAAUAACAUAGAAAAAUGUAACGUAAUACGAACAUUUAACUUGAUGAAUUUAAUAACGAUCAUCAUGGCUGCCUGUUUUUGGCAAUUGCUAAUCAAUCCAGACAUUACACUUAAUUCAUGUAUAAUGUCUUGAUUGAUUUAUGAAGUCAUUGUGAGCCAGCUGGUCAAUUCGAAGCUAUUUAUUAACUCACUUUAGAACAAUGUCGUCAAUUAUUAUGAAUAAUGAUAAGAGAGGUGAGAGUAAUUUUAGAGUUUCGAAGUAGUUUCGAUCCUACCAACCAUUAGAUCAGACUAUGUACCUAAUUCUUGGUAUACCUUAGGCUCGUGAGAAAGAAAAUCUCUCGUACUUAUUCUUCUUUUUAUCUCUUUUCUAUCUGGAAUGUUUGAGUUGCAAUUCUCUUUCACGAUAAACAUUAAACAAAGUCGAACAAAACGUUCAUAUCGAAAAAUCGUAUUCGCUGUUUGUUCACUUGCUAUAUGACACUCUAACAAUGAGUUGCAAAUCAAUUAAUGCGCGUUAUAAAUAAGAAAGAGACAAGAGAAAGAAUGAGUGUAAGAGAAAAAAGAGGAGUGCGUGUAAUAGGUAUUGCGAUUGUAUAAUAAUACGUAGUUUUUAAUUGUACAUAGAAAAAGAAAUCAUUGGCAGCAUAUUUAAUGCAAAAUGAAGAAUAUAUAUAGAAUAAUGUUAAGUAAUACACAACCUCUAUGUAUGUGAUAAGGUUUGUAAUCGUUAAAGGAAGUCGAUAAACAGAUUGUGUAACUUACUAGAUCUCAGCGUAAGUUAGGAUAUAACGACAUAUAUAUAUACAUACUUCAUAAGUAACACCAAAAUCACUCAACUGUAUCAAAAAGUAAUUUUUUAUAUAAGUUCCCACGGGCGCACAUCAUCUCCAAGGGCACACGAAUUUUAGCAAAUUUAUUACGAUUAAUAAUAAUGAACAUUUAAACUGGUUGUAUAUAAAUAAUAAUGAGAUGAGGAAAUAAAUGGCUAAAAUAAAGAGAUGUUUGAUGUUGUUAAGUAAGGGAAAGAAAGAGCGAGCGAAUGAACGAGAGAGAGAGAGAGAGAGAGAGAGAAAAAGUGUAUGAAAUAGUGAUUGUUUAUUGAGCGUCGCGUUUUGCGCACCUCCGUUUUCAAUUUUCGUUAUGCCAAUGGUGCCAGCUCGUAAAAUUACUUUCGUAUUUAUGUUAAAUAUAAUUUUUUAUAAAUAAAUCGAAUGAAAAAACUGA